CAUUGUUGUAUUGGGGAAAUACAAUAGAAGGAGAUGCUGUGAACAAGUGAUUUUAUCAACAUUUUAUUUGACUUUUUUAUGUAUUUUUUUUAAUAAACCUUAUUAAAAUUCUUCCUUCACAGAGCGUAAAUCCGGUGAAGAUGAGUGCCGAGGCGGCAGACAGGGAGGCAGUAAGUGGCAGUCGACCCACCACACCACCACAGACCUCCUGGUUCGAGUUUCUGCUUGAUCCAUCCUUACUUGAGCAGCACUUUAAAAAAAACUGUCCAGACCCUCCUCCUGUUCAGCUGGUUAUUCAGUUCCUGGAGCAAGCCUCCAAGCCUUCUGUGAACGAGCAGAACCAGGUUCAACCCCCUGCAGACAACCGACGCAAUCGCACGCUCAAACUCCUCGCUCUCAAAGUGGCAGCACAUCUUCGGUGGGACCUGGAUGUGCUCGAGAAAAGCUUGACCAUUCCUGUGCUGAACAUGUUACUGAAUGAGCUGCUGUGUGCCAGUAAAGUCCCUCCUGGUGUCAAACAUGUAGACUUGGAUCUGUCCACGCUACCUCCCACUACUGCUAUGGCAGUUCUAAUAUACAACCGCUGGGCCAUGCGUACAAUAGUGCUGAGCAGUUUUCCUGAGAAGCAGGCAAAGCCUGGACCCCACCAGCUAAACAUGAUGAGUCUGGUUCAGCAAGAGAAGGAACUGACUGAGAACAUACUGAGUGUGCUGAAGGAGCAGGCCGCAGACUCCAUAAGAGUGCUGGAGGGAGCUCUGAACAUUAAGAAGGAUUUUUAUGUCCACACUUUGCGGACUCUGGACUUGUUGGCUGCUGAUGCUAGCACAACCAACGGAGAGACGGAAUCAUCCACGGCUGGCCUUAGGAUUAGUGCUGAUGAGCUCCACUGUCAGGUGCAUUAUGAUUUAGGAGGAAUUUACUUCCAACAAGGCUGUUCUGACCCUUCAGCCUACGUGAAGGCUCAGGAGCACUUCCGCAAAACGAGGGAAUUGUUGGCAAAGCUAAACCCAGAUCCGCUGCACUGUCAUCUAGAUGAGAGGCGGCUGGCCGGCUACUGGAUGGCAUGCAGAACGGUGACUGGCUCUUCGGACUCCUGCGACAGCCAGCUCACACCUUACUGUCUCAUCAACAACUUAAUUAAGACUCACAACUAUCAGGCUUUGAUUGAAGCCUUCAUCAAAGACAACAUUACACACAACCUGCCCAACAGCUUUAGACACUCCAUUCAGCUGGAGCUGCUGCACAAGGUUCAACAAGGGGACACGACUCUGGAGGAGGUGGGCUAUAAGCUGUGUGUGUGUAAUGCCGUACGUGACGCUCUGGAAGGUCAAGUGCUCAGUGUCCGCUUCCACCAGCUGUUGCUCAAACCUAGCAAACGCACCAUCAGCUUCCUGCUGGAGGUAUGUACGAGGUCACUGGAUAAGGAGCAUACCUCAGAGAUAUCCAAAAGGAAAAUGGCUCUUUUUCUUAAGAAUCUUUGUGAGAGGUUAGAGGAGGUUCCUCUGGCCUACAUGGUUUCGUCCCAUAAGCUCUUCAUGGAGCUGCUUUCAGAUGAGGAAAAGAAAACCCUGCUGGAUCAGAUGAGGAGACGAUCAGCUACAGUCAACCUCAGCGCCAAGCCACUGCCCUCUUUCUAUGACAUCCCAGCCUCUGCUAGUGUGAAUAUUGGUCAGCUGGAGCAGCAGCUCAUUCUCUCCCUGGAUGCACGUCAGAUCAGACAGAUCCUCAUCGAGCUCCAUGGCAUGGCCGAACGCUCCUUCUGGAGAGUAAAUGGCAAGUGGGAAGUUCCUACAGACUACAUAAAUGUCAUCCUCGCCAUUAAGGAUAACAUCACACGGGACCUCCUGUACAUUCUUAUGGCCAAAGGCCUUCACUGUGUCAAUAUAAAGGACUUUGUUCAUGCUCGGCAGCUCUUCUCAGCUUGCCUGGAGCUGGUGACUGAAUUCUCGCCUAAGCUGCGGCAGGUCAUGUUGAACGAGAUGCUGCUGCUAGAGGUGCGAGCACACGAGGCCGAGGGCGGGAUGGAAAGACCCCCUUCAGACCUGGUGAGCAGGGUCCGAGGCUACCUCGAGAUGAGAAUCCACGAUAUUCCGCUCCGACAGGUCAUCGGGGAAGAGUGUGUGGCAUUCAUGUUAAACUGGAGAGAGAAUGAAUAUCUCACGUUACAGGUGCCGCAGUCGUUGGUCAACAGCAACCCAUACAUUAGGCUGGGGCAGCUUUUAGCCUCCACCUGUAAGGAGCUCCCAGGUCCUAAAGAGAGUCGGCGGACUGCUAAAGAACUGUGGGAGGUGGUUGUACAAAUCUGCAGCGUGUCCAGUCAGCACAAACGGACCAGCGACGGACGAGUCAGCCUCAUCAAACAGAGAGAUUCCUCACUCGGCAUCCUGACCAGGAGUAAAUUCAUCACAUUUGUCAAAAAACUGCGGGAGCCUUUGGUCCUGACCACACUUAUCUCUUUAUUUGUGAGACUGCACAGUAUUGUAAGGGAUGACAUUGUGAAUGAAGUGACUGCAGAACACCUGUCCAUAUGGCCUUCCUCCCUGGCAAAUAUACAGUCUGUUGAUGUGGAGGCUGUAGCAGUAACCGUGAAGGAGCUUGUAACCUACGCUCUCAUCCUUAACCCCAACAACCAGGCCUGGCUCAUCACCCAAGCCGACAUAUACUUUGUGACGAACCAGUACUCUGCUGCCAUGCACUACUACCUACAGGCUGGUAUGGUGUGCUCGGAUUUCUUCACCAAACCCGUCCCUCCCGACGUCUACACCGACCAGGUUCUGAAGAGAAUGAUCAAGUGUUGCUCCUUGCUAAACUGUCAUACUCAGGUCGCGGUUCUCUGCCAGUUUCUGAGGGAAGUCGACUAUAUGACUGCAUUCAAAGCUCUCCAGGAGCAGAACAGCCAUGAUUCCAUGGAUUCGUUUUAUGAUUACAUCUGGGACGUGACCAUCCUGGAGUAUUUGACCCAUAUUCAUCACAAACGGGGUGAGACUGAAAGAAGACAAGUUGCUAUCAAAGCUAUCGGACAGACGGAGCUCAACUCCAGCAACCCGGAGGAGGUUUUGCAGCUCGCUGCUCAGAAGAGAAAGAAGAAAUUCCUUCAGGCCAUGGCAAAACUUUACUUUUAAAGUAAAUUCACAGAGGAAAAAAAAAAAAAAAAAACAACCAAAAACAAUUAUGUACAUUAUUUUUUGAAAC